GAAAUGAACAUCCAGGAAAUCAACCAGGAAUUGUGCUCCCAGCUGGCAAAGUGCAAACAGGAUUUCAGAGACCUCUGGGAGAAAUUCCUUAUAUCCCAAGCUACUUCCUACUCCCUGGCCAAUCAGCUACAGAAAUAUAAGGCUAAAGAGCAUAAGGACAUCCUGGAGUCUGUGCUGGGGGAGAAGCUGCAGUUUGAGGAGGAGGAGCUGGCAGAGAAGCCUGGAGCAGCUACAAGGCUCGGGAGCUUUGAAUUCCUGAUUCAAUCCCAGGCAGGGGAGUUAUCAAAGCUACGACAAAAAAUAGAGGAAGGGAGGCAGGUAUCCUUCCUACUCAAACAGCACUUUGAGGACCCUGUUACUCACAAUGACCCUGACAAGUACGAGACACAAAGCUUCCUUGGACAACUGGCUGAGGGACAUCAGAUGGCAAAGCACCUCGCCUGUAAACUCCACACAGUGCAACUUGAACUUUAG